AUGGCCGUCGCCCCGUCGCCGCAAGCCACGGCGGCCGCCGCCGCCCUCUCCAGGCACAGAUCCGCCGCCGUCCCACCAGUGCCGAGGAGCGUGCGGGUGGCCACCGCGGCGAGGAGGCCGGGCUGGACGCGGGCGAGGGCCGGGCUGGUGGCCCGCGCCGUUGUUGCAGCCAAGGGUGAGCUUGCGAGCUCCGAUACGGGCGGUGAAUCUACUAUAGUUAGUGUAAGUUCCAUUACAAGAUGUCAUGAGGUUUUGAUGUUUGAGGCCCUUCGUGAAGCCAUGAUAGAGGAGAUGACUUUGGAUCCAACCGUGUGCAUGAUUGGUGAGGAUGUCGGUGACUAUGGAGGUUCAUACAAGGUAUCCAAAGGCUUGUCUGAGAUGUUUGGAGACCUCCGCGUCCUUGAUACCCCUAUUGCUGAGAACUCUUUUACUGGUAUGGGAAUCGGAGCAGCAAUGAAGGGGCUCAGGCCAGUUGUUGAAGGGAUGAACAUGGGUUUCCUUCUCCUUGCCUACAACCAAAUCUCAAACAACUGCGGUAUGCUUCCUUAUACCUCGGGCGGCCAGUUCAAAAUCCCAAUUGUGAUCCGAGGCCCUGGCGGUGUUGGUCGUCAGCUUGGUGCGGAGCACUCGCAGCGCCUUGAGUCCUACUUCCAGUCUAUCCCGGGCAUUCAAAUGGUCGCUUGCUCUACCCCUUACAAUGCGAAGGGCCUUCUGAAGGCUGCCAUAAGGAGCGAUAACCCUGUGGUGCUGUUCGAGCAUGUCCUUCUGUACAACCUGAAGGAGAAGAUCCCCGACGAGGAAUACAUCUGCUCCCUGGAGGAGGCCGAGAUGGUGCGUCCAGGCUCGCAGCUGACCAUCCUGACAUACUCCCGCAUGAGGUACCACGUGAUGCAGGCCGUCAAGACGUUGGUGAACAAGGGGUACGACCCGGAGGUGAUCGACAUCAGGUCGCUGAAGCCGUUCGACCUGCACACCAUAGGGAACUCCAUCAAGAAGACCCACCGCGUGCUGAUCGUGGAGGAGUGCAUGCGGACAGGCGGCAUCGGCGCUAGCCUGAGGUCGGCCAUCAUCGACAACUUCUGGGACGAGCUGGAUGCUCGCCCCGUGUGCCUGUCGUCGCAGGACGUGCCGACCCCGUACGCCGCGACCCUGGAGGACGCGACCGUUGUGCAGCCCGCGCAGAUCGUGGCCGCGGUGGAGGAGAUCUGCCAAUAG